AUGUCUUUCAUGACUUGUUACAAUUGUAACAGGGAAGGUCAUAUAGUUAGAUAUUGCCCCCAACCUCGUCAACAACCAAGAGGAACUGAUAGAAGACCUCAUUAUGAUAAUACAAGAGAUAUACAUCUUGCUGACCAAUAUUAUGAGGAGGAAUAUAAUGAUGAGGAAUAUACUUCAGAGGAAUAUUAUAAAGAAGAUGAAUAUGAAGACUAUCUUAAUACUAGGUCUGGACCUUACCCAAAGAAUACUGUGUCAAAAAAUAAACGAAGACCA